CUCUCUGCAGUAAGGUUCCACAUACCUGGGCUCUGUGUCACCGUGUCCGACCAGAACCAUGUUGCGAGUAUAAUAUGCGUGUUUGGUGCUGACAGUUCAUACGCACCAGCGUGUGAGAACACAGCGUGAGACAUUUCACCAGUCAGAGGCAACAGUGAACAUGGAAUGGACAAUUUAAUCACAACCAAGAUUGUGAAUGCAGAGGGAGUAUCGGGUGUUUCAGGGAAAGUUACAGAGAGUGUGACCACCACAACCAGACUGACAUCCCUUCCUCCAAAGGGCAGUAGUUCAGUGAGCACACAGCGGGUGCUCACAUCUACCUCUAGCUCUAGUUCAGGCUCUAGCUCUGCUGUGGAGAGGAGGAUCAUCACUCAGAGCAUCGGAGGAGGAGGAGGAGGAGGAGGAAGCAGCAGUAAUGUCAUAUCCUUAGGUGGCUCAAGUAGCAGUGCGGUGCAAGUUGUGACUGGUGGUGUGAGUGGUGGCUCAUCUGUGACUUCAUCUUCUCUGGGAACAUCUUCAAGUGGAGCUGCUGGAGGUUUGGGGGCUUCUGGCAUAACCUCCUCCAUCAUUGCAGUCGGAGAUUCUUCAGGAGGAGGCAGUGGUUCUGCAAGCACUUUUGAGUCCCGCUCAUCUUCUCAGUUUCUGUCCAGCUCUUCUGGGGACUUAGGGAGCCGUUCAGUUGGUACGAUGAAUCUGUCAGGGGGUGGGGCUUACUCAUCAACCAUGUCUUCUGGAGGAGGAGUUUCAUCUACUGUUAUAUCAAUGGGAGGUGGCUCUACAAAAUACACCUCCUCUGCCACAACAAGUGCCAUGAAGAAUGCUAGCUACUCACCGGUCACACAGAGGAGAAGCAGCCUGACCCUGCGCACUGCAGGAUAUGAAGGAAGCUCCAGUGGCAACUCCUCCCCUGAAUAUACUAGGAAAGAGUAUGCAGCAGCAGCAGCAAGUGCAGCCACCAGAGGACGCACCCAGACAAGAGAGAGUGAAAUCAGAGCCAGACUGCAGAGUGCCUCUCCAUCCACUAGAUGGACUGAGCUGGAUGAUGUGAAGAAACUUCUUAAAGGAAGUCGCUCCAGUAGCAGCAGUCCUCCACGCUCUCCCACCAAUACACUACCCAUACCUAAAAAAGCAAGUGUGGACACACGCAUAGAGAGCCACUCAGGUUAUGACAGCUCUAUCCUGGAGUCUGCAUAUAGUGGAUAUGGCUAUCACACCAACCCCAACAACCUUAGCCCCCACUCCACACUACAGCACAAUGUGGGCCUGCAGAACAACCUGACCUUGAACUCCUCAGCCAUGAGCAGUGGCCUUUCUGCUGGACAUGCAGUGUAUGGGAUGCAGAAUAAUUUGGCCAGUGGUGGCGGUGUGGCAGUUACUGCAAAUGGGAUCAGUGUUGCUCCAGUAUAUGGAGUGCAUAAGAACAUUGUUAGCACUACAGCUUCCACAACUGCUGCAGCUGUCCCCAGCACCUCUGUCACCAGUGAUGACGUGUUUGUUAAGGAUUACAAGUUCAUGCUGCUGGAGAAAGAAAACGUUCAAGCGAAGAAAGAAAGCGAGAGGCUGAUUAAGUCAAAAGACACGGGCAAAACAUUCACUUCCACCACUUCCACUGGUGGACUAUCAGCCACAUUUUCAGAUGACUCGCUGAAAAGGGAAAAAAAGAUGUUCUCUGGAACCACAGAAACAGCCACAGUGGCAAAUGGUGUCAAAGUUGUUUCUACAAAGGACAAAGCCACAUAUGCAGAGAUUCGGAAAGAUGAAUCUGGAGGAGGUGGGAUGGGAUUCUGCUCCUGCUGUACGUGGUGGAAAUGGCUGCUUGGAUUGCUGUUGGGACUGCUCUUGCUGCUGGGUCUUCUCUGUGGACUCAUCGCUCUGGCUGAGGAAGUAAAGAGCCUAAAGGCUCGUGUGGAACGUCUGGAAGCCGGUGGGAACACCAUAGCCUCUGCUCACACUAGCCGCCUAUCAGCACCAUCCUCAGUUAACAUUUUAGAUCCACUGGAUUCUGUACAAUAUGAACGCACCCACAUAGCACGAACAGAAAACAAUAUACAACUAGGACCUGACUCAGUGCAGCCUGACCCAGCCACACUGCAGAGGACCAUAAAACAACUCGUUCAGUCUGAAUUACAGUCAGAGAGCGUCAGAGCUACACUGGCAUAUUCACUGAAAGGAGAGAGAGGGGAGCCUGGGCUCAAAGGUGAUCAGGGAGCUCCUGGGAUUAAAGGUGAUUCAGGAUUUCCUGGAGUUCCAGGUCCUCCUGGUUCUGCUGGUCAUCCAGGACAAGAAGGUACAAGAGGACCUAAAGGAAGUGCUGGUGAGCCAGGACAUGAUGGCCCACCUGGACAGAGAGGCCGUGAGGGGCCAACAGGACCCAGAGGAGAACCAGGCCCUCCUGGAGUUGGUGAGAAAGGAGAAAAAGGAACAUCUGGAGAUCCUGGACCUCCUGGGCCUGCAGGACCACCUGGACUUAUGGGACUCAGAGGUGAAGUGGGUGCUCUAGGUACUGCGGGUCUUCCAGGGGCUCCUGGUCCUCAAGGCUUCCGAGGGGAUCCUGGUGAUCCUGGACCGAAAGGAGAGAGAGGACCUGCAGGACCUCCUGGAGCUAAAGGUGAUCAAGGGGAGAAAGGGCCCCGUGGUGUUACUGGAGAACCAGGGCAGCCAGGACCUAUCGGUCCAUCAGGAGAGAAAGGACCCAAAGGAUCAGCAGGUGCUCCUGGAUCAGAUGGUGUGAAGGGAAAUCGUGGGGACCAAGGACCAACUGGGUUGCCAGGUCCACGUGGACCAGCUGGACCUCCAGGAGACGCAGGCGUGCCAGGAUCUCCAGGCCUUCAGGGGCCACCAGGUUUGCCAGGAACACCGGGUCAGCCUGGAUCUAAAGGUGAAGCAGGUGAACCUGGAAGAGUUGUCACUGCAGGCUCUGCUUCCAACACUGUGGGUAUUCCUGGACCCCCUGGACCUGCUGGACCUGCUGGGCCUGCCGGAGCUCCUGGACUGUCAGGUCCCAUUGGCCCUGCUGGUCUUCCUGGCCCAGCUGGACCCAAGGGAGAAAGGGGUGAAAAGGGUGAUGAUGGUGAACCUGGCAUUUCUGCAAAAUCUGUUGAAAGAGUCAGGUUUGAGCCUGCUGCUGGUCUACCUGGUCCUCCUGGCCCCUCUGGACCCCCUGGACCCCCUGGAGAACCAGGGAAACCUGGUGAGGGCAAAACUGGCCUACCAGGAUCCCCAGGUCCACGUGGAGAGCCAGGUAUUGGUCUCCCUGGUCCACCUGGUGACAAAGGUGAACCAGGACGCUUUGUACCCACCUCAGAAACCUUUUUUGCUGGACCUCCUGGGCCUCCUGGAACUCCUGGAUCUCCUGGACCUCAAGGCGAGCCAGGUCAUCCUGGACUACCAGGAGAACCCGGACUUGGUUUUCCAGGGCCUGUAGGCCCAAGUGGACCCCCAGGUCCUGAAGGCUUACCAGGCCCUCAAGGACCACCAGGUUCAAAAGGUGAUGCUGGUGUCCCAGGGGCCCCUGGCAUCCCAGGAUAUUCUAAUGGUGCAGGCAGAAGUUCACCUGGACCACCAGGUCCACCUGGACCUCCAGGGCCUCCUGGACCUUAUGGUGAUGCCUCUGGCUCUCCUGACAUUGCUCAGCAGCUUAGUGACCUUAUUAGAAGUGAUGGCAUUAGGCAAUACUUCGUUGGUCCUCCUGGGCUUCCUGGACCACCUGGAAGUGUAUCUGAUGCUGAUUUGGCUAAUCGUGUAAUCAGUUACAUCAAAAGAGAAGAGGUGAGGCAGUAUCUGGUUGGUCCUCCAGGACCACCCGGAGCGCCAGGUAUUCCAGGCCUCAACCCUCAGGAAGUAGCUGGAAGAGUCCUCAAUCUUAUGAAUGAGCAGGGUAUGCUGACGCAAUCCGGACCCCCAGGCCCACCUGGCCCUCCAGGACUUCCUGGAGCAACCUACAGUAAUCUCCCACUUCUCCUACAAAACUCAGAGUACAGAAGUCUGAUUGGGCUACCGGGACCUCCAGGCCCUCCUGGGUCUCCUGGCAUCCCAGGACCUCAUGGACCCCCAGGCCCUGUUCCUUUCACAGGCACAUUUGGCCUGGAGGAUAUUCAGAAAUACUUAGAGAAUGUUGGUUUUAAAGGACCACCUGGACCACCGGGGCCUCCUGGACCUCAGGGCUCUCCUGGAAUCACAGGAAGCCUGGUGUCAUAUGCUGAGAAUGCACACCAAGAGCCAAUCCGUGCUGAACUGCAAGAAUAUCUAAAGAGUGGCAGGGUGUUCCGUGAAGAGCCAAGCUAUAGCUUUACAAAGCCUAUUGAGAGUUUGGACUAUCCCACUAUUGCAGAACAAGUAGUGAACUACAUCAAGUCUCGUGGUUUGUUGUUGCGGGAUCUCAAAGAUAUCCAAGGGCCGCCGGGUCCUCCUGGACCACCUGGACGUCCUGGAAUUAGCCAUUCAUACAGUACUUAUAACAACAUGACUGAGAUAUUUAAAAUUAUUAGAGACCAUGGCAUGGUUGGACCACCAGGAAAACCUGGGCAGAAAGGAGAAAUAGGAUAUACUGGUCCCAGAGGACCAAGAGGUCCUAGAGGUGAGCAAGGCAUCCCUGGUCUACCAGGACUUCCUGGCAAUGAUGGACCAAGAGGACAAAAAGGAGAAAAAGGAGAAGAUGCCUACAUAAAUCACAGAGGAAAGAGAAGUACAGGUGUUUAGCCUGACACAGAUUUUUUCCCCCCAUAAAUUUAAUAAUUUUUGUAGCUUUUUGUCGUUUGCAACUUUUAGUAAUAGCCAAACCAUAGGAUUGGGAAGUCCAUGACAAAACCAUACUUGCAGAAAUGCAGAAAUGAAAGUACACACAUGAUUGUGGUGACUUGCUGACAGUCAGGAUGUCAAACUUCUCGACAUGACAAAAUGUAUGUACAUAUAUCAUUCGUUUUGUAAUCCUACGAUAGAAACGUGUAGUCAAAGUUAGGCUCAAAUGUAGUAUUUCAUCAGAUUUCUUAAUCAGGUUUACUUUUUUUUACUAUGAAUUUUUAUAGAACUAUUUUUUAACUACAACCUUUUAACAUUUUUGUUUGGUCUUGUUUGUACUUUCACAUAGAAAAGCUCUGACAUUGGAGUCUAGUGUCCUUAUAUUUUCAUAUUUGUAUUCCAUGUAUUGUGAACAGAUUCAUACUUUUAUUUUAACAUAAUUUACUUAAUUUACUAAUUAUGCUAAUGAACUAGAGAGUAAAGAUCAUAAGAGAACAUAUUUCAUAAAUAUGCAUCUUGGAGGGCAUUGAGGUUUUUUUUUUUAUUUUUUAUUUUUUUUUUAUUUUUUUUUUGUAAUUGAUGUGAAUACUAAUGCCAAAAUGUGGCAGUUGCAGCUCAGCAGUAAAGGCUCUAUACUAGUGACCAGACGUUUGUGAUUUCAGAUUACAAAACUGCCAGAGAUCCACCAUUGCAUCCUUAUGUAAGGCCUUUAACCCUUAAAUGCUCUGCUUUAUGCUUGGAAAGUGACUUUGGAUGAAAGUGACUGUUGAAUUAAUAGAUGAAAAUGGUUUUCUAUAUGAAAGUGAAAAAUAAAGUUUUUUUUUGUUGAUUUUUUUUUCAAUAACACACAAAAACCA